AGCGUGUGUGUGUGUGUGCGUUUGUGUAUGUGUGAGAGAGAGAGACUUACUCUCUUAACUACUAGGAGCCAGACACACUUUCCUGGCCCGACUCAAAGAAGGGGGAAAACAGGAGUUUUUUUUGUUGCUUCAAUUUCAUUUAAAUUCCCCUCCCUCAACAAUCAAGCUUCUGCUAAAGCUUCUUCUCCAGGAAGUCUGUUCUUCAUUCCCCUUUGGAAAUUCAAUGUAUUGAUCCAUUUCCACUCCUAUCACCACAAGGCAUACCUCAUGGAUUUGUACCUGAUUGGAUAUAUGAUGUUUGUGUGGUUGUCCAGUUGGCGGGUGCUUGGAGGUUAUCCCAUCUGGUGGUCCCUAGCCUUGGGGCAGCAGUACUCGUCUCUGGGCUCCCAACCCAUCCUGUGUGGCUCUAUCCCUGGCCUGGUGCCCAAGCAGCUGCGCUUCUGUCGCAACUACAUCGAGAUCAUGCCCAGUGUGGCCGAGGGCGUGAAGCUGGGCAUCCAAGAGUGCCAGCACCAGUUUAGGGGGCGCCGCUGGAACUGCACCACCAUCAAGGACAACCUGGCCAUCUUCGGGCCUGUGCUGGACAAAGCGACCAGAGAGUCGGCGUUCGUCCACGCCAUCGCCUCUGCGGGUGUGGCGUUUGCUGUGACGCGGUCCUGUGCUGAGGGCACGUCCACCAUGUGUGGCUGUGACUCCCACCACAAGGGUCCACCAGGGGAGGGCUGGAAGUGGGGCGGCUGCAGCGAGGAUGCUGAGUUUGGGGUGCUGGUGUCCAGAGAGUUUGCCGAUGCCAGAGAGAACCGUCCCGACGCACGCUCUGCUAUGAACCGACACAACAACGAAGCAGGACGCACGACCAUCCUGGACCACAUGCACCUGCGCUGUAAAUGUCAUGGCCUGUCUGGCAGCUGUGAGGUGAAAACGUGCUGGUGGGCACAGCCCGACUUCCGCAUGCUGGGCGACUACCUGAAGGACAAGUAUGACAGCGCCUCGGAGAUGGUGGUGGAGAAGCACCGCGAGUCGCGCGGCUGGGUGGAGACGCUGCGCGCCAAGUAUGCCUUCUUCAAACACCCCACGGAGCGUGACAUGGUCUACUACGAGGGCUCACCCAACUUCUGCGAGCCCAACCAGGAGACGGGCUCAUUCGGCACCCGCGACCGCGCCUGCAACGUGUCCUCGCACGGCAUCGAGGGCUGCGACCUGCUCUGCUGCGGCAGGGGCCACAACACCCGGACUGAGAAGCGAAAGGAGAAGUGCCACUGUAUCUUCCACUGGUGCUGCUACGUCAGCUGCCAGGAGUGCGUGCGCGUCUACGAUGUGCACACGUGCAAGUGAGAGCCUGUGUGCUCGCUCGGACAGACGGACAGAAUGAUGGACCACAUCGCCCAUCGCAGACAUACAAACACAAACACACACACUGCAGUCCUUGCAUAUAUACAGACAGACAGACACACAGGCACCAAUGAGGAAUGGCACUUUGUACUGGAACUCUAUUCUUCUGCACCCUUGUAAUAAAAAUCCCCAAUAUCCUUCUUCCAAGCCCUGCAUCCUCCUCCUCCAUUUGAGUAGAGAGUUCCACUAAUGGACAUAUGGGAGGGCCCAUUUCCAUUGGAACAAGCUGUCAGUUUGACCUGUUCCCAUUGCUGCACCAUUGGGCCAUGAACCCUUCUUUAUUUAUUACCCCCACACACGGCUGUGGUACCUAACAUGUGAGAUUACUGCAGUAACCGAUGACUUUCCAGACCGUUGCUAUCGAAUGGACAUCUUUUUAAUUAACACCUGAUUCCACCAGUCAAUCACCUGGCUGGUCGACUAUUGAGAACUAAACCAACUCCCCAACGUCACUCAUCGGUCCAAACAGUACUAAACACACAGCGACAGCCCAGGAACCUACUACUUUAACUACUGAACCCACUGAGCGGCUGUUACUGGACCCUGCCCUCCUAAACUAAACUACUGAGCUGAUGAAAUCUCCUCUUUCCCCACCUCUGCACACUGUACUGAUACUGAACUACAGCGGUCACCUAGCUGGGAUGCCUGGAAGAUAUGCUAGAGCCUGAUUUUAUAGCCCCACAUUUCUGAAAUAUUAGCAAUGGGCCAGGACUGGAGGUGGUAUACAGGAGGGGACAUGUGCAGGAAACAAACGCACUCGUUUCCACUAACGAACAUUUCUGCAAGUAUGCACUAUUCCGCUGAACAAGAACUGUCUAGAGGUGGUAAAAUGUUGGCUAUUGCUAUUUAUGAGAGCAAAUGCAUUCUUCUUGUCUUAACCAGUUUCGUUACAUAUAGUAAUACAAAUGAGAUUGUUAAUCUCAUUCAGACCAGAGACAUUUUGCUGUAAUCCCCCUUGAGUAUGAAACAGUAGUUUUACAGUAUAUGAGGAAGUUAUAAUGAAUUAUAAACUGGGUGGUUCGAGCCCUGAAUGCUGAUUGGCUGAAAGCCAUGGUAUGUCAGA